AUGUCUAUUAAACGCGCCCUCUCCAAGGCCAUCAGAGGACACUUAGGAGGCGAUGAUGACGCCUCCGGUUCUAACGUUCGCUCUGCCCUGCCACCCAAAGUUCGUACCGCCCAAUCUCGGUCCGGUUCUCCCUCCGCAUCCCCUCGUCGCAGCAUUCUAGGCAGCUUCCUACGUGAUAAGAAUGAGUAUAUCUCUUCAUCUGACGAUGUCUCCGACGACUCUUCUACCGGUGCCUUGAGUAAAAACCAACAAAAGCGGUUGGUGCGCCAGCAACGUCGAAGCGAGCGCAGUCGUCUCAGCGAAGAGAUGUUCUCUGAGACCGACCACCGCCGCAAGGAAGAAGAGAUCGCAAAAGCCGCAGCCGAGGAAACGGCAGAUAUGAAAGCACGGUAUGGUGAGCUGCCCUUGAUGCAGUCGGCUACUCGAUCAGGAGAAUUGCGCACUCGGCUCGAUGACAUAAGUCUUGCCAUGGAAGGGCAGCAAGUGUUUUUCACUGCACGACUGCACGUCAUCCGUCGUAUGAGUGCCAAGUUAGUGUUCCUGGUGUUCCGCCAGCAGCUAGGUACCUUCCAGGGUGUCUUGCAUGAGCGACCAGGGAUAUCGUCUAUCGCCAUGGUUCAGUGGGUCGAGCACCUGCGGGUGGGCUCUUUUGUCACGGUCCGCGGCACUGUACAAAAACCUGAGGUUCCAGUGAUGGGCUGCUCAAUUCAUGAUGUUGAGCUGGCCAUUGACUCGGUUCACCUCCAGGUUCGCCGCGAGGAACCGGUCCCCUUUAGCGUCUACGAGGCAGAGAUCCGGACUAACGAAGAAGACAAGGCCGAGGGCCGCCGCAACCAUAUUCCUGACCGCACACGUUUGGCCAACCGAAUUCUUGACCUUCGCACAGCCACCUCGCAAUCCAUCUUCCGUAUUCAGUCCGCGACCUGUAAUCUUUUCCGUUCUGCCCUUGAUGACCGCGAAUUCAUCGAAAUACAUACCCCAAAGCUGCAAGGCGCAGCUACCGAGUCUGGAGCAAGUGUGUUCCAGGUCAACUAUUUCGGCCGCCCUGCAUUCCUCGCCCAGUCUCCUCAAUUGGCGAAGCAGAUGGCUAUUGCUGCAGAUUUCGGCCGUGUCUACGAGAUUGGUGCUGUUUUCCGUGCCGAAAACUCAAAUACCCACCGUCAUCUUACAGAAUAUACUGGACUGGACAUCGAGAUGGCUAUUGAAGAACACUACCAUGAGAUGCUAGAGACUCUUGAUGCUGUGAUUAAGAAUAUUCUCAAGGGUAUCUACACCAAGUACCGACGUGAGAUUGAGCUUGUCAAGUACCAGUUCCCAUCCGAAGAUGUCGUGUGGCUUGAACAGACGCCAAUCAUUCGUUUUACCGACGGUAUCAAGAUGCUGAAUGACUCGGGCUGGUUGAAUGAAGACGGCGAGCCGCUACCUAUCGAUGAAGACCUAGGUACCCGUGAUGAGAUUCGUCUGGGUGAGCUUGUCAAGGAGCAGUAUGGCACCGAUUACUACGUGCUUGACAAAUUCCCCCGCGGUGCACGUCCCUUUUAUACGAUGCCCGACGCUGAAGACGACAAGUACACCAACUCAUUUGACAUGUUUAUUCGUGGGCAAGAGAUUGUCUCGGGCGGUCAACGUAUCCACGAUCCCCACAUGCUCGAGGAAAACAUGCGUCGUGUGGGCAUCAACCCGGAUGAUAUGGAAGAGUAUCUUGAAGGCUUCCGCUGGGGAGCCCCCCUCACGCAGCUGGGAAAUAUCCGGCUGACCUCAUUGUUCCAUCGUGACCCCAAGAGUCUACCAGCGAAGCAUGUCUCCGAACAGCUCCGGCACCCAGAAUCAUCGACCAUUGAUCCGCCGUGGCAUCAUGAGCACAAAGCACGGGCAGCUACAGACAAUAGUGAGCUACAGCCUCUAGAACAUCUGGUGGCCAACUACGGUGAUGCCACAUCAACCUCCUGGUUUGAUGAACGCUUCAAGAUCUGGCGUGACAUGACCACUGGUGCAGCCGUCGCCUACGUGCCCAGCUCCAGCAACUACGCAAUCAUUCCCGGUAAUCCGGCUUGUGAUCCCAAGCAGUACACACGCACAAUUACACAAUUCUUGCAGUGGCUACGCCGCGACACCAAGUUCAAGCCUGUGUGGAUCCUCUGCUCGCCUGAGGUUGAGACAAUCCUUGGCGAGCGACUAGGCUGGCGCAGUUUGUCCUGUAUUGCCGAAGAGCGUGUUGACCCAUCGCGCAACCAGGCGGCUUCUGAUGGCGAGAUUGCACGCAAGUUGCGUCGCGCCGAAAGUGAGGGCAUCAAGCUGGUCUCCAUGAAUCAAGGCGAGAUGGUACCAGACGACAUCCGCCAGAAGAUCGAUGAGCGUAUCGGCGAGUGGCUGUCUAACCGCAAGGGCACACAAGUUCACCUGUCCCAGAUCCGCCCAUGGUGCGACUCCGAGCAUCGUUGGUACUUCUAUGCUCUAGACAAGGACGGUGGCGUCUGCGCCUUCGUCGCUUUGGCUAUGCUAUCUCCUGCUCAUGGUAUGCAAGUCAAGUACAGUCUUGACUUCCCCGGCGCGCCCAACGGUGUCAUCGAAUACAUUGUCACGCACGCAAUCCAGACCGCCGCUCAGAGCGGUGUCAAGGGCCUCACGUUUGGCGCUGGCGCCACUUCCCAGCUUACUGCUGGCCACAACAUGUACGGAACCAAGGUCAAGAUGCUGGAGCGUACCUACGAAGCCCUCGCUAAGCAGUUCCAUCUUGUGCGUAAGAGUGAAUUCCGUGCUAAACUUGGCGCCACUGAGGACCCUCUGUACAUCUCCUAUCCGUCCCACGGCCUGGGCUCUAAGGGUAUCCGCGCCAUCCUAAACUUCUUUGAAGAUUAA